GCCGCGUAGAGCGCGUCGUCGCCAUGGUGACGGUGCAGUGUGGAGGCCGCCAUGAAUCGCAGCAAGAGUGUUGUGAACAAAGGACCAUUUGGUAACGUGAAACAGAGGGACCAACGCAACUUCAUACGAUUCAAAUGUGUUUUGACAAAUACUAUUUUGGAUGUUCUGCGGCAGCGACCUGGAUGGGUUGAAGUUAAGGAUGAAGGUGAAUGGGACUUUUACUGGUGCGAUAUCAGCUGGCUACGAGAGAACUUUGGCUAUACAUAUAUGGAUGAGCAUGUUCGCAUCUGUCACUUUCGCAAUCACUAUGAGCUGACACGAAAAAACUUCAUGGUGAAAAACCUAAAGCGGUUUCGCAAACAGCUGGAGCGUGAGCAGGGGAAGCUGGAGGCAGCUAAAUGUGAUUUCUUUCCAAAGACAUUUGAACUGCCUGUUGAAUAUCACCUGUUUGUGGAACAAUUUAAGAGAAACCCUGGAAUUACUUGGAUCAUGAAACCGGUUGCAAGGUCACAGGGAAAAGGCAUCUUUCUUUUCCGAAAACUCAAAGAUAUCAUGGAAUGGAGAAAGGAUGGGACUCGUGCAGAUGACUCCAAAGAUGAAGCUACCGUGGAAAGUUAUGUUGUGCAGCGCUACAUCGAGAACCCCUACCUGAUAGGAGGGAGGAAGUUUGAUCUGCGAGUCUAUGUACUGGUGAUGUCUUACAUCCCUCUGAAAGCCUGGUUAUAUCGAGAUGGGUUUGCACGCUUUUCAAAUACCCGCUUCUCCCUGACCAGCAUUGAUGAUCAUUUUAUACAUCUCACAAAUGUGGCAGUCCAGAAAACCGCUCCUGACUAUGAUCCAGAAAAGGGGUGCAAAUGGUUAAUGCAACAGCUGCGACAGUAUCUGACAGCAAAACAUGGCACCGAGACUAUAGAAACGCUCUUCAGAGACAUGGACAACAUAUUCAUCAAAAGUUUGCAGAGUGUCCAGAGUGUAAUAAUUAAUGACAAGCAUUGCUUUGAACUAUAUGGAUACGACAUUUUGAUCGAUAAGAACCUGAAACCGUGGCUUUUGGAAGUGAAUGCAUCUCCAUCACUGAUAGCUAGCAGCCAGGAGGAUUAUGAGCUGAAAUGUCGUUUGCUGCAGGACACAGUGAACAUUGUCGACAUGGAAGGAAGACUCUCUGGAAAAGAGAAGCAGGUCGGAGGUUUUGACCUGAUGUGGAACGAUGGUCCUAUUUAUAGUGAAGAUGUAAAUUUCGAAGGAGGCAUUAAUCUCAUUGCUAACACUCACUUGGGCUGCUUGAAUGAUAGGGAGAUGCAGUUGUGGCAUCUGUUAAAACCGCUCUCUGCCCAGAAGAAGUAGCAGUGAACAGUUUGUGGAAACAGAUGAAGAAUGUAUGCAGUCUAAUGCCUCGUCCCACACCUGGCUAGCUAAUUCCUCAAAUCUAAUGUAGAGCAGGAUAGUUUGUCUACAGUUUUAAGUGUGCUCCUGUUAUCAGUGGUCCUUUGCCAUUGUUUGAUAGAUAACACUUUAGAGAUUAGUUAUUCCUGAAAACUGUGCUGUACAUAUUUUCUGUAACAACUAAAAAACAAGUGCACUCUCACUGUAGGUUCUCUUGACUGCUCACUCCCAGUAUAUAAAUAUUCAGCACAAGAUGCCCUGGUUCUAUGACAGAAACAUUAAAUUGAAUUUGUAUAAGAAAAACAAAUGUCUUGGCGUACAAGUAAACUAUUCGGGAAGUUUGCAAUGAAAGAUUCAGUGGCAAUAAAUGCGUAGUUGGCAAAUAAAUUCCCCGAUGUAGAGGCUGGUGGGGGCACUGCAUCAAGGGCCAUUGUCCCAUUGUCAGUACAGACCUGUGUUCACAUAUGAACAAGGACGAAUGCAUAGAAUACUUUGAGAUCACCUGCAUCUGAUGUGAACAGCACUGUAAUGGCUUUGAUAGCAUGUCCCAUGGUCCUGCCUCCACCACCUCCAUUACGCUGGGGAUGGUGGCCAACUUGAUUUUGAAAGAGGCUUCUGACCAGGUUUCCAAGUGAAAUCUGUGUUAUGCAAUCAGUUGGUUUAAAUGGGGAUUGAGUCCUGCACUGUGAUUCAAGCUCUCACUGCCCACCAUAAGUAUUGUUGAGCUGCUGGUUAGAAGACUACAGCACAAUGCCCAGGGUUCCUAUGGAGCUGUUAUACAGGGUAUUAUAGAAAGAACAGUACAGCACAGGAAUGGGCCCUUCGGCCCAUAAUGUUUGUGCUGAAUAUGAUAUCAAGUUAAAUCAAUCUCAUUUGCCUGUGCAUGGUCCACAAAUCUCUAUUCCCUGCACUUCUAUGUAUUUAUCUAAAAGCCUUUUAAAUGCUACUGUAGUAUCUGCUCCCCCCCCCCCCCCCCUCACCCCCCUCCCUAAGCAAUACGUUCCAGGCCCCCACUACUCUCUAUAAAAAACAUGCCCCACACAAUUCCAUUAAAUCUUCCUCCUCUCACCUUAUAACUGUGCCCUCUAAUGUUGGACAUUUCCACCCUGGGAAAAAGGUUCUAACUGUCUACCUAUUUAUGGCACUCAUCAUUUUAUAUACUCCUGUCAAGUCUCCCCUAAUCCUCUGACAUUCCAGAGAUAAUAUUCCAAGUUUCAACUCCCUGUAGUUGAAACCCUCUAAUCUGGGAGUAUAAUGGUAAACCUUCGCUGCACCCUCUACAAAGCCUCAACAUCUUUCCUGUACUGGGGCGACCAGAUUUGCACGCAAUACUCCAAAUUUCUUGUGGGGGCAGUUAUCCAGAAUAGCACACUGAGGUGACUGUUUUUACCUGUGAUUAUUAUCCAGUUCUUUUAUGUUGGAUAUAUCGGAGAUUGGUUGAGCUCUUAGGAUAUAGGAAAGGAUUUUCUCUGAGCACAGAGGGAACUCCCAGAACAAUGGGAAGUGCGAUGUUCAGAACACUGCGUGAACUGUUAGGCAGUUCACUAGUAGAGUUGCUGCUAAAGAUACAUAUGAUCAGUGGAAAGAUAUUGACUGGGUUGUUUAAGACAAGGAGACAUUCAAAACUCUAGAGGAUUUGCUACCCAGAACAGGUGUGUUUAGUACACCACAAGAGGUUUGGGCAACAGUUUAUGUCCAGGUAUUGAAUGGCAAUGGUCUGGACAGACGGGUAAUAAACAGUUCACUGGUGGAAUAUCUAGUACUCUGUAUUUGGUCAGGAAACCUCAUGUAGUAUUUAGCAUGAUUCUGAGCAAGGAACUGGAAAGGAUUUCCCAGGCCCCUGAGAAGAGAGUUUGCCAGAAACUGGUAGCCAGUCAGGAUGAUUAAGUUAUUAUUAUUGUUCAAGAUGGGAGGAUAGCAUUUCCCCAGGACGUUGAGGGAGCUAAACUCUUGGCUACUUUUGUAUGUGAUUAAUUUUUCAGGACGUAAAGAUUGUUGGCAAGGUCAACAUUGAUCGUUCAUCCAUAAUUGCCCUUGAAAAGAUGACAGUAAGCUGUGUUCUGCAAUCCCAAGGAAGAUACUAACACAGCACUGUGGUUAGAGAGUUCCAGGAUUUACACAAAGAUUAGUGUGAAUGACAAAGAAAGGGUAAUGAAUUUCCAAGUCAGGAUGGUUUGCAAUUUGGAAGUAGGUUGAGUUUCCACUUCUGCCUUGAGCAACCAAACAGUCUGAAGGUCUUGAUUUAGAAAAGGCAUUGUGGAGAUAACUUCAUCAGCUGCUGGGUUCAGCAUUUCAGAAACCAUUAAGCAUAAUCAAAUGGUUUCAUCAACAAUCCUCACGGGAAAUGCUUUGUACAACUCGAACCUGAUUGUCAUAAAUGCAUUGUUAUCUCUAAUGGUCAUUGCAUAAUAGCAUUGAGUCUUUGACACUCUCUUCAGUCAUAAGUUUCAGCAGAUGAGUUAUCUACUUAUUUGCUGCAAUUUGUCUGUUAUCAAAGGUCCAGCAAGGUGAAACGUUUUUGUGCUAAACUUUGAUCUUAAUGUAUCAGUUGUUGCAUCGAGCUUUAUGUUAUAUAGAGCAAGUGUUAACAUUGUUGAUCAUCACCAUUUCUAAAGGUGGAGGUGAUGAGGACUGCAGGGCACAGAGCAACAUCGGGCAUCCAUGAUGCUUUCUUUCCGAAUGAAGGAAUUACCCAUGGUCAUGUUAUUGAAUCUUGAAGGUUAAAAAAUGGAGGUCCCAAUUGUGCUAUCAUUAAUUUAACUAAUUAGAACGCAAUGAACACUUUACCGGAAAUACAUUGCACAGCUCAGUAUAUUGCAAGCAAGUACCGUACCUAACCCAUCCAAUGGUUUCCUCUGUCUGCACACCAGAAUGCUUUCAUCUGGAAUUCCAUUAAUAUGUGAAAGCCUCACAGCUAGCUAAGGUCCACGAGAGGCUCCGCAGAAUGUUUCCUCUGAGGACCACUGAGAUAACUGUUUUUAAAAGACUAAAGGACAAGAAAAAUCUGUUGAUAUAGGAUGGUACAAUGUGAUAAACCAGCAAUUUUAAAACUCCUUUAAACACCUGUACAAUUUCACAUCUACUCACUAAUAAUUUUUUGUGGGAAUACUGAAGUUCAACAUUUGUAUAGUAGAGUCGAACACUCAUUUGCAGGAACGAUGCAAAAUCAUGAAAUAAUAAUAAAUGAUUUCCAAAGCCACCUUCAUCACUCAUAUAAAUAAUUAUGCUGGAAUCAAUUGGUGAAAAUAUUGUGAACAGCAUAAACCUAAGGAUUUAAUUUAUCACUUUUAGGUAAUAAAAA